AUGUUGAAAAGACAAAGAGAAACAAUUCCAGAAUCCGCUGUUAAGCAAAGCAGGUUGGAACAGAGGCUUCCUUCCUUACCAGUACAUGGAAAAAGACCUAUACUGAAGGCAGGACUGUCAUGGACAGUCAAAGGAAAGGAUGAAGGCGCCCAAGGAUCUUUCCUGUUUGACACCGGUUGUACAGGAGCAAUCCUCAACCAGAGUUUUGUCAGGAAGUAUGGAAUUCCCUUAGUGCGGCGGGAUCAACCUCUGACAAUGUUUGAUGCUCAAGGAGAUGUCAUGAUGGGAGGAGGUGAGUAUUAUACUCACCCGGUCCGCAUGACUAUGGGAGAUCAUAAGGAGACACUCCGAUGGGAAGUGGCUACUUUGGAAGAAGGAAUGACCGGUUACCUGCCAAUUAGUUGGGCUAGGAAGCAUAACCCGGACAUCAACUGGGAACUCAACACCAUGAGCUGGAGGAGUGACUACUGCAAGCAGAAUUGUCUCCCAGCGGCCACCAAGAUUGAACUGAUCUCUCCAUACCAAAUGUUAGAAGAAGAAGAGACAGUCUAUCAAUUGGUUGGUUCAGUAUGGCAUGAUGAGGACGGAGGUGAUAUUGCCGAGAAAAUACACCACCUAUACCGGGAUUGGGCUGAUGUGUUCAGUCAAGAGAAGAUUGAGGAAAUGCCGCCGCAUUCCCAUAAUGAUCUGAAGAUCAAACUCUUGCCUGGGACCGCUCCACCAUUUGGCCCGCUGUACCCAUGUUCCGCUCCAGAGUUGAAGGCCCUCCGAGAGUACCUGGACAAAGAACUGUCUUCAGGAAAAAUCUCUAGAUCUAAUAGCCCUGCUGCGGCACCCAUAUUGUUCAUUCCUAAGAAGGAUGGUACAUUGCGGAUUUGUGUGGAUUACAGAGGAUUGAACAAGGUCACUGUCAAGGACAAGUACCCGCUGCCUAUCAUGAGUGAGCUCAGAGACAGGUUGUUCAAGGCCAAGAUCUUCACAAAGAUAGACCUGAAGAACGGCUUCAAUUUGAUCAGGAUAGCAGAAGGUGAUGAGUGGAAAACCGCUUUCAGAACCCGCUAUGGACUGUAUCAGUAUAAUGUGAUGCCAUUUGGUCUAUGCAAUGCUCCCUCCGCUUUCCAGGCAAUGAUCAAUGAUGUGCUAAAGGAACUACUGGAUGAAGGAGUAGUUGUCUAUAUCGAUGACAUCCUCAUUUACUCGGAGACUGAGAAAGAGCAUGAGCUAUUGGUCAAGAAGGUACUAGAGAAGCUUAGGGAAGCUAAGCUCUGUGCCUCGAUCAGUAAGACAUCCUUCCAUGUCCGAGAAGUAGAAUACCUAGGCUAUCACAUCUCAGAAGAAGGAGUAUCUAUGUCAGAAGACAAAGUGGAGGCAGUUAAGGAAUGGCCGGUCCCUGAGAAUAUCAAGGCAGUACAGGCAUUCCUCGGAUUUGCAAACUUCUAUCGCCGCUUCAUUGAAGGCUUCAGUAAGGCCUUUGAAGAACUCAAGAGGCUGUUCACAAGCGCUCCAAUCCUACUUCAUUUUGACCCUAGUAGGAGAACGGUGGUCGAGACAGAUGCCAGUGAUUUUGCGAAGGGAGCGGUGCUCUCUCAGUAUGGGGAUGAUGGGAAGCUACAUCCGGUGGCAUUCUAUUCUAAGAAGUUCUCCCCUGCUGAGAUCAACUAUGACAUUCAUGAUAAGGAAAUGGGAGCUAUUGUAGCCUCUUUCCGGGAAUGGGAACACUUGCUUAAAUCUUGUGAGCAAGAGAUCACGGUUUUCACGGACCACAAGAACUUGGAGCGGCAAGCGAGAUGGUCUGAAGACCUCGCAGGCUACAAUUUUAAAGUUGUCUACAGACCGGGAGAAAAGAAUGGCAAGACUGAUAUGCUAUCUAGGCACUGGGAUCACCGCCUUGGAGAGGGAGGUGAAACUCUGCAGCCGGAGCCACAGAUCUUUUUUAGGCCAGGUCAAUUGGUUUUGGAUCCUGCAAAGCUAGCGGCUGUCAGGGAAUUGCACCGCUCCCUGGUUGAAAGGAAACCAAAUUUGGACCAAAACUUGUCGGUCAAAAACGGUCUCAUCUUCUACAAGAAUAGAUGGUAUAUACCCAAAGACAAGAAGCUUCAGAUGGAAAUACUGUCCGAUACCCAUGACUCUAAGGUGGCGGGUCACUUUGGCCAAUUUAAGACACUUGAGCGGGUGAAAAACAACCUCUUUUGGCCCAACAUGGAUAAGGAUGUUGAGGAAUAUGUCCGGAGCUGUGACAGCUGCCAGAGGAAUAAGACCUCCAAACAUAAGAAGUUUGGUAUGCUCCAACCGUUGGAGAUACCCUAUCGGCCAUGGACUUCCAUCUCUAUGGACUUCAUUGUGGGAUUACCGGAAUCUAGUGGGUUUACAAAGAUCUGGGUAAUAGUGGGCCGUUUUUCGAAGAUGGCACACUACAUCCCUCUUCCUACCCUCAAUAAAACGGAAGAUUUGGCUAAGUUGUUCUUGAAGGAAGUUUGGAGACUCCAUGGUUUACCUGAUGACAUAGUCUCGGACAGAGAUAGCAGGUUCAUUUCUCACUUUUGGCAAUCCCUCAUGAGUCUCCUCAAUGUGAAGCUCAAGUUGUCCACAUCUUUCCACCCACAAACGGACGGUCAAACAGAAAGAGUUAACCAGACCCUGGAACAUUACUUGCGGAGUUAUUGUUCAUAUCAACAGGAUGACUGGGCAGAACUCUUGCCUUUGGCAGAGUAUGCAUAUAACUCGGCGGUCUCUGAGUCUACCAAAGUAUCGGCUUUUUAUGCCAACUAUGGAUAUGAACCCAGGACCAACUGGCCGUCCCCAAAGGAAGGAGUAGAAUGGAACAAUCCAGCGAGUGAGGUCAUGAUAUCUCAAUGGGAAUUUAUCUGGCAGGCUAUGAAUGCCAGCUUGGGUAAAGCUAGAUUAAGGAUGGCCUGGUGGUAUGAUGCUCAUGCCCUGACACCGCCUGAAAUCAAGCCCGGAGAUGAAGUUAUGUUGGACAGGCGCAAUGUGCAAACAAAGCGGCCUUUGGGAAAAUUGGAUCAGAAGAAGAUGGGACCCUUUAAGGUCUUAGAAGCUAUUGGUACCCGUGCCUACAAGCUCUCUCUUCCCCCCCGAAUGGGAAUCCACCCGGUCUUUCAUGUCUCUCUUCUGGAACCUUACCGAGCAGCGGUAGAUCCUGAGAGAAGAGUUCCUGUAUCGGAGCCCGAAGAGAUUGAAGAAGAACAGAACUGGGUUGUCCGAGAGGUAGCUGAUAGCCGGGUCAAUAAGAAAAGGAGACGAGUGGAAUACCUAGUGCUGUGGGAAGGUUAUGAAAACGAGGAUGCUACAUGGGAACCUUGGGAGCAUCUCAAGAAGAGUGCUGAAGAAGCCCUUCGGGAUUUCCAUAUGAGGUAUCCUAAGAAACCCAAGGACAAGCGGAUUGUUGGGGUGUAG